AUGGAGGGGGCCAGCCCCCCGCCCCAGGCCGACGACUCGGACUUUUUGGAUGCACAGCUGUACCUGGACGAGCCGGGCGACGCCCCCCACGCCGCCCAGGAGGAUGCGCCCCGCCUCGCGGUCAAGUUUCUGGUCCCAAACGUGGCAGCUGGCAGCAUCAUCGGCAAGGGGGGCGUGAACGUGUCGGACAUCCAGGCCCAGUCCCAGGCCAGGAUCCAGAUUGGGGAGCCCUGGCCCGGCACGCUGGGCGAGUUUGGCGCCCCCCCUGCCCACGACCGCCUGCUGCUGAUCACGGGGACGCUGGACGCGCUGCUGACCGCGCUGCACGCAGUGCUGGCCACCUUCCGGUCGGAGCUGGCGGCGCUGGCGGCCGUGGCCGCGCGCGAGGACGGCGCCAUGGCGCUGCGCAUGCUGGUGCACGCCCGGCUCUGCGGCACGCUGAUCGGGCGCGGCGGCGCCACCAUCCGCUCCUUCAAGGACGCGUCGGGCGCGGUGUUCAACAUCUCGCCGCCCCCGGGGCCAGGCGACCCCCCGGAGCGCGUGGUGCGGCUGACAGGCACGCCCGACCAAUUGCUGCGCGCGGUGGCCCUGGUGCUGACCAAGCUGUCCCAGAACCCGGACUACCCGCUGCUCACCGACGUCAGCCUCGGCUUCGGUCCGCCCGCCGCGGCACCGGCGGAGGCCUGGGGCGGCGCCGCGCCGCCACCGGGCGGCGGGGCGGGGGCCUUCCUGCCCCACGCUGCCGCGGCGGCGGCGGCGGGAGUGGGGACCACCAGCCUGGUCAUGGCCGUGCCGGAGGACCGGGUGGGGGUGGUGAUCGGGCGCGGCGGCGCAGUGAUCAACCAGAUCAAGGCGGUGCUGGGGGUGCGCAUCCGCAUCAGCCGGCGGGGGGAGUGCCUGCCGGGAACCAACGACCGCAGCUGCGAGAUCAGCGGGCCGCCGGAGAGCGUGGCACUGGCGCAGCGCCUGAUCCAGCAGAAGGUGGAGGGCGUGGAGCGGGAGUGA